UCUAUCUGUAUAAGAUAAUAAUCUGUGUUCGAGACCAAUUUUAAGCGGAUUUUGCUAAGCAUGAACUCCAAGUGUCGUUUGUGUUUGUGCUUCGUUGGGCAGCGACCUGAAUUCUCGGCUACUCUAAAAGACGAAUUUUUCCACGAAAUGCUUAAAACUGUAUUCUCGUUCCCGUUGCCCUUUGUCAACAUUACCGCCGGUAAAACCUUCAACUUGCCUGUACUAGUAUGUUUCCAAUGUUCAACCACCGUUCGAAACUUUUAUAGUUUCACCAAGCUCACGGAAGCUAGCCAAAACAAACUGCAGCUGGUUUGUAAGGGUAAAAACAACAGUUUGCCAGUUGGAAACGCUGGCAUCGUGACACGCGAUAUUCAUCGUUUACGGAAAACUCUCACCUCCUACAUGGAUCCUGAUGCAACAGAAAACAAUGAAGGCUCAAUGGAAACGGAAAAUAAUGGGGAAACCAUGGAAACACAUGAACGCAGUUUUAUUCGGGGAACAACAGGCGGUACUGGUCAUAAUCCUUCUUUCUACCGUGCUAAUGCAGACGAAGACAACACCAAGGGAACUGACGUUCCAGCUAUCGAUGAGCUCCUUCAGUACGUUAAAGCGUGCCCAGAUGAUGAUAUCGAUACAAGCGAUGUAAAUCAUGAUGAUGAAGCGCUUCUGAUGUCUUCAUACAUAGAAGCAGAAAGUGAUAGUGUGUCAAAGGAGGCAGAGACAUAUGAAGAACACGACACCUAUUCGCUAAACUCUAACUGCCGAGACGACAAUAGAGACAAUUUACCCUCUGGUUGUGUUGACAAAAAAGAAGUCGAUAGGAAAAUUUAUAAAGUUGAAAGACGCAUGAACAUGAUGCGGGAUAAAAUAGAUAGGCUGCUAAACUCGGUAGGAAAUUCGCGAUAUAACUCAAUUAAGAUGAUGAUGCGACGUCCAUCGUUCGAAUUAGCAGUCAUAACUUCGGAGGAAGAACUCACAUCUUUUAACAAACAGUUGGAGGAAAAACAAUACAUGGAAAAGGUUGUAGACUAUCUUGCUUGCAAUAUUGACACAGCUGAUAGUUUAAAUCGCAUGCAUCAGGCGAUAGAUUUGAUUUUUGACCGGGUUUUUUUUAGUAAAUGUAAUUGGUCGGGCAGGAAUAAAAGUGGCGCAAAAGUUAUAGGAAUCAGUCAAUUCUCCGGCGUACUGGAGGUAUUCAGGCGCAUUGGCACUACAAACUUGGUCAGUGUCAACCGUCAUAACGUGCAGGUUUUUCUAAUUAAAAAGCUUCAUCAUGCGAAAGAUAGGGUUCAUAUGAAGCGUCUCCGAACAUCAUGUCAUCGAACGUUCCAGUUACAUUGAAUAAUCUGUUCCAUUCUAUUGUUGGGCAACUGCCUACUAAAAAUACAUUCUUUACCGAAAACCGUGACAAUUCAGUUAACCUUUCAACAAGAGGCAGUAACAAAAACAUGGAUAUUUUCAAACCCAAAACUACUCAAAUAGAACGAAA